GGAGCUGGCAGUGGCAGUUGCACUGCCCCGCACUCCUCUGCCUCCUCCGCUCCCUACUUCCAACUAUCCACUCCAUCAAUGGUCGCAACCCCCCACGCAGCAGCCGCAGGUCUAUCUCCACACUCAGCCCGCCGGUAGCCCUCCUCCCGCAGACACAUGGCCUGGAGGCGGCUCGCCGCCCGCUCCCGCCGCUGUCCCGUCCCGCCCGCCCCGCGGCCCGCGGCGCCGCGCCCGCCCCCGCCGGCGGGACCCGCCGCGGCCACGCCGCCGCUUCGCCGCCUCCUCCUCCCCCUCUCGCCGCCCCGCUUCGCCGCCGCCGCAGCCUCCUCGCCCGCGCGGCUGUUCCACGCCGCUGCGGUGCGCUGGGGGAGCAGGUCGCUCGCCAGUGAUGCCUCCGCGGCGAGGGAGCCCUCCGCCGAGCUGGUGGAGGUGCCCCUGGCGCAGACGGGGGAGGGGAUCGCCGAGUGCGAGCUGCUACGCUGGUUCGUCAGCGAGGGCGACCAAGUAGAUGAAUUCCAGCAGCUCUGUGAGGUACAGAGCGACAAAGCAACCAUUGAAAUUACAAGUCGUUUCAAGGGAACGGUACAUCAGAUUCAGUUUGCCCCUGGUGACAUAGUAAAGGUCGGUGAAACUUUACUUAAGAUGAUUGUCAACGGAAGUCAAGUUGUACCUCAUGAUAGCCUAGCUUCAUCCCCUGACAUUCCACUUGGAGUGGAUACUUCUACAAGUCCUUCAAGGGAAGGCAAUGCUCCUCGUGGAUCUCUCUCCACUCCAGCCGUCAGGCAUCUAGUGAAGCAGUAUGGGCUCAGCAUCGAUGAUAUUCAGGGUACAGGAAGAGAUGGUAGAGUUUUGAAAGAAGAUGUGCUGAAUUACGCUGCCAGCAAGGGUCUUCUCCAGGAGGCGCCAUCAGCUUUGGAAGAGAAUGUUGGUCAAGUUGAGUUACCUGAGGGAGGAAAACCGUUACUUGAUCCACAUUUUUAUGAAGAUAAGAGCAUUCCUCUCAGGGGAUACCAGAGAGCAAUGGUGAAAUCAAUGAGCCUGGCUGCAAAAGUACCACAUUUUCAUUAUCUGGAGGAAAUAAACUGUGAUGCUCUUGUACAACUUAAGGCAUCAUUUCAAAAGGAGAAUAAAGAUCAUGAUGUCAAGCACACCUUCCUUCCAUUCCUCAUAAAAUCUCUAUCUAUGGCACUGAGUAAAUAUCCAUUGUUGAACAGCUCUUUCGUUGAAGAAACAAAUGAAGUUAUUCUCAAAGGAUUCCAUAACAUCGGAGUAGCCAUGGCUACAGAACAGGGAUUAGUGGUGCCAACCAUCAAGAAAGUCCAGUCACUUUCUAUAUUGGAGAUCACAAAGGAAUUGUCAAGAUUGCAUGAGAUGGCAUUGCAAAACAGACUAAGCACCAACGAUAUCACUGGUGGAACCAUAACACUGAGCAACAUAGGCGCCAUCGGUGGCAAGUUUGGCUCUCCUGUUCUCAACCUGCCUGAAGUUGCGAUCAUUGCGCUCGGCCGCAUUCAGAAGCUCCCUCGCUUUGAUGAUGAAGAAAACGUAUACCCGUCCUCGACAAUCAAUGUGACCGUUGGAGCCGAUCACAGAGUCGUCGACGGUGCCACGGUUGCAAGGUUUUGCAACGAGUGGAAAAGCCUGGUGGAAAAGCCAGAGCUGCUCUUGCUGCACAUGCGAUGAUCCAGCAAGUUACCUGGAUGCAGAGGGCCGCUCGGUCGAAUUCGAAAGAUGCUGAAGUUCAGAUGCAAAGCCAGGUUGGUAGAUAGGGCCAUAAGGAGUCAAUCAACUCAAGUAUAUGUAACCAAUAAUUGAUUGACGUGGCCUCUCUUCUGCAAGCUAUGUGAUCACCCUGUGAAUAUUUGUAUAUUACCUUGGAAAUAAAGCUAUAGAAGCAGAAUUCAAAAUA